CUCCAACAAGCUUGGGACCAAGACAGCAUGGAAGGCGCAAGAGGAGCUUAGGUGAGGCUGGAGGACGACGGCAGGUACAGGUGGCAGUAGAACUCGUUGAGGGGCUUUGUGUGCAAACAAAGAGAUCCCGAAUUGAAGCUGGAAGAAAUGCCGUCAGUGUUACAGAAACAGUUCAUCCCUUUGAUGGGUUCAUGUAGUUUUGAAUCCCAUUGAAAUCAGAAUGAACUCUUCUCGCCUGUCGCCUUCAAGGCUUCAUCAAAGCUCACCAGAUCCUAAGCUUCGGAGGGAGAAUGUGAAUCACCUGCUCAGCAACAUCCAAAGGAAGUUGGUUGAAGACGGUUUGCAUCCUGACUACAAUCCCUCGGACAAGCAGCUCAAAGAUGUGAUCUAUGACGUGGUCACAGAGAAACUGCGAGAGGUGUCGGGGAAUGCUCAUCGUUUCUACACUUUCAACCUUGUGAUCGAUCUGGAGGACUUGUCUGUGCUUGAGAACAACGCGUCCUUCCAAGAGCUGAUACAGAAGGGGCUGAUCAAAAAGACUUCCUUCGGUCAAGAUAGCUCCCUCGCUCCCCUGUCCUCUUCUGGAACCGAGCGGGGAUGGCAGGGGUCGGAUGCGUCUCUGCAGAGCUUUCUGCCGGAUACAAGACUGUUUGACGUAGAGAGAUUGAAUGUUGUUUUGGAUCUGAGCAGACAUCGGAUGGACCUUCAGGAAAUGAAGCAAAGCUUCUGGU